AUGGCGAGUGGUGGAGGCUUAGCCGCUUCGCUGUGGACCGAAGUGAACCGCUGUGGACAGAAUGGCGACUUCACCAGAGCCCUUAAAGCCCUAAACAAAAUUUUGCAAGAAGUCAAGGAUGACGUGACAGCCCUUCAUUGUAAAAUCGUAUGCCUUGUUCAGAAUGGCAGCUUUAAAGAGGCGCUGAAUGUCAUGAACGCCUCUUCAAAAGUGCUUGGCAGUGACCUUGUCGUUUUUGAGAAGGCUUACUGUGAGUACCGGUUGAACAGAGUGGAAAGUGCCCUGAAGACCAUUGAAAGUGCAUCUGAGCAGACUGACAAGUUGAAGGAGCUCUAUGGUCAAGUGCUGUACAGACUGGAGCGCUAUGAUGAGUGCAAGGCAGUCUAUACUGACCUGAUCCGGAACUCCCAGGAUGAGUAUGAGGAGGAGAGGAAGACCAACCUCGCUGCUGUGAUAGCAGCAAUGAAUCAGUGGGAGAAGGCUAAUAUGGAUGAUCUGGGCCUACCUGAGACAACGUAUGAGCUAUGCUAUAAUGCCUCCUGCAAUCUGAUUGGCCAAGGACAGCUUACAGAGGCCCUAAAUAAACUGCGACAAGCAGAAGAGCUUUGCCGAAUUUCCCUGGCAGAAGAUUCUGAUGUAACGGAAGAGGACAUUGAGUCGGAGCUAGCUGUCAUCCACUCUCAGAUGGCCUAUAUCAUGCAGUUACAAGGCCGGACAGAAGAGGCGCUGCAGCUCUACAACCAGGUCAUCAAACUCAAGCCAUCAGAUGUGGGACUGCUUGCAGUGACUGCCAACAACAUCAUUACAAUCAACAAGGACCAAAACGUGUUUGACUCAAAGAAGAAGGUGAAACUGACAAACGCUGAAGGUGUGGAGUACAAGCUGGCCAAGAAACAGCUACAAGCCAUAGAGUUCAACAAAGCCCUCCUGGCCAUGUACACCAACCAGGCUGACCAGUGCAGAAAGCUGUCGUCUAAUCUCCGAACCCAGAACCCCAGUCACCCACACCCAGUUCUGAUUCAGGUGGCCCAACUGUGCAGAGAGAAGCAGCACAGCAAGGCUAUUGAGCUGCUACAGCAAUUUUCAGAUGAGUAUCCAGAGAGCGCAUCGGGUAUUAAACUGACAAUGGCACAACUCUACUUGAUUCAAGGUCAUGUUACAAAAGCCUGUGACAUCCUGAGGUCCAUUGAAGAUUUCAAGCACAAACAAGGGAUGAUUUCAGCCCUAGUAACGAUGUACUCACAUGAAGAGGACAUCGACAGUGCUAUUGAUGUUUUCACCCAAGCUAUUCAGUACUACCAGGCCAAACAGCCUGGGUCCUCCGUGCACCUGGCUCUUGUACGAGAAGCUGCCAACUUCAAACUGAAGUACGGACGGAAAAAAGAAGCCAUCAGUGAUCUGGAGCAGCUGUGGAAGCAAAAUACCAAUGACGUCCACACCUUGGCACAGCUCAUCUCAGCCUACUCUCUUGUCGACACGGAUAAAGCAAAGUCCCUAAGCAAGCACCUUCCCUCGCCUGAUACCAUGUCUUUCAAUGUGGAUGUGGACGAGCUAGAGAACUCCCAUGGAGCCAACUUUGUCAGGAAAAAGGCCGCCAAGGUCCCAGGAGAAAACCUCCCUAAAGAACAAGGCCAAGGAGACAUCAAAAAGAAGAGGAAGAAGAAAAAAGGCAAACUACCCAAGAACUUUGACCCCAAAGCGACUCCUGACCCAGAGAGAUGGUUGCCCAUGAGGGAGCGCUCCUACUACAGAGGACGGAAAAAGGGCAAGAAGAAGGAACAAAUUGGCAAAGGCACACAGGGAGCAACUACAGGAGCUUGCGCCGAUCUUGAUGCCAGUAAGACAGCCAGUAGCCCGCCCACCUCACCUCGGCCAGGCUCUGCAUCUGGCUCUGCCACCAGCAAUGUGGUACCCCCACGCCAGCAGAAACCUGCUGCCUCAGGGGCAACCCGAAAGAAGGCCCCUCAGAAGAAGAAGAAAGGAGGCAAGGGAGGAUGGUAGAGGAGGGACAGUGGGGUACAUCGACAACUGCAAAACCAUGGGGGGAGAGAGAAUCACGGUUUUUGUUUUGUUUUUGUUGGGGUUUUUUUGUGUUUUUUUUGUUUUUUUUUUUAAGAUUACAUUUUUAUUUUCUGUUUUGGACCAUCCAUUCAUAUGUGGACAAGAAAUGUCUUGGUAGGUUCUUUAUGUUUAAAUGAGUUUAAAAUAAGUCUCUCUAUUUCCCCUCCUUGUCCCUGCCACCUCCUUGAGGUGAUUUUAAAAGGCGCAGAGGCAAACAACUGGAACGUUAGCAGAAAUAGGCUGAGACCCAGGUUGUGUUUUUUUGUAAUUGGCAAGAUCGGCCCAUUCUUACACUGACAUGCCAACUCCGCAUGGAGAGUCCUUCCUUUAAAGAGAAAUUCAACAGUGAUUGAUUCUUAAAUUGUUCUGCAAAAGUAGACAUUUUUUCAAGAUGUCCCAUCCACUCAUAUAGUUUUUGAGUUUUGAAUAAUGACUUUAAGAUCAAGGAAAUGAAAUUAUGUUUGCUGAGGUAGUGCUGGUUGUCCAUCGUAUCUGAUGAUGACCAUCUUCUCCUAUUUGUGAGUCCUUUGUUGGCUAAAUAAUCUGAUCCUGGAUGCACAGUUGCGGUUGCAGACCGGGCAUGUAAAAGUGGUGCUGGUGGGGGGCAAGGGUAGCUUUGCAAGCAUGCCUCUUUGCACGCUUUGCUACACGGUGUUGUGUGCGCUGGUUUUUCAUAUACUUCACUCCCUGUGAGACGUGAAAGCACCAGAUGAUGUGGCAGGAGCCAAGUUCCUCCAAAGAAGAGGUGUUGAUCUGGCAUCUUUUCAAUGUGGUCUUCAUUUGGUCUUUGAAUUGCUUCUUCUACCCACCAGCAGUGCAUUGACCAAGGUGUAGUUGGCCAUAGAGGACUUUGCGUGGGAGUUGUUGGCUGGGCAUGUGAAUGACAUGCCCAAGUUGAUGGUGGUUUAGGGUUGACUCCAUGCUGCAGCUGUUUGCCCACUCCAGCACCUGUGUGUGUGGCACUCUGUCCUCCCAAGUAAUGCUGAGGAUCCUCUGGAGACGUCUCACAUGGAAGGCCUCCAGGCUUCUGAGACGGUGGCUGUAGGUGGUCCAUGCCUCACAUCCAUAGAGUAGUGUGGAGAUGCAUACUGCUCUGUAAACAAGCACUUUGGUGUGGAGACUGAGGUUGCUGUUCUGGAAAACCUUUCUCCUUAGAUGACCAAAAGAUGUUGAGGCUUGUUUGAGGCGGUAUUGGAUCUCAUCAUCCAUUGUGCAGGUGUCAGAUAGUAUGCUUCCCAGAUAUCUGAAGGCAGGAACAGUGGCCAGCUGUUGCCCUUCUGCUGUGAAGGUUGUUGGGUGGCUUAGGAGGCCGGCACUCAUCUGACAGAUUACUUCUGUCUUUUGGGUGUUGAUGAUCAGUCCCAUUCUGCUGUAUGCAGGCCAGGCAGGAGUCUUGGUGAAGGAGAAGCUAUGUACUGGCGAGGGAAGGCUUACAUGCUAGGAUGCUUCCCUGUUCACCACAAGGGCUAGCCAGCAGCAGCAAGCUAAAAGCAGGAGGGUUGCAAGCAGGUUGGAAGAACACAUGCAUCUUCCCUCCAACUAUGUACUGCUGCACUAAACGCAUCACAGCACCCUGUGGGCAGCCACACACACGCUGAGAUCGUAGAAACUUUGAGGCAGACAUGUUCUCUUCUGUUAGAAUUGUCGUUGAGACAUCAAGAAGUUGAUUUUUGGGACCUCUAAUAAUUUCCCUUGAUAAAACUCACUGUUGGGAAAAUGUUUAGAUUUUUUUAAGUCAUUUAUUAAAGUCUACCUUUGCAAAAUAAUUAAGAUCUUCAAUUUUGGUGGAAUUUCCAAUCCUUUCAACCAGGCAUGGUUUAAAAUGCCAAUCUGAACAUGUUGGACAUGCCCCCUUUCUAUUGGCAGAACUUUGUCGCCAAUCAAAUACAGACUGGAUAUGGAUGCAGAGUUCAAAUUUAUUUUCAUUGCCCUUAAAUUUAUGCAAAAUAAUUCAGAUAUGUUGGUUGCAUGUUUUAGGAACAGUUUACAAUGAAGAGAACAAUUACGUUGGUCAAACAUGUCUGAUUUUUGUUAUGUCUUAAUAAAUAGUGCUCCAUGAAAAUGGCAUUACAUC